AUGUACGUUCACUGCAAAGAAGGCACGGGACGCAGUGUGGCGGUGACCUUGUGUUGGCUCGUGGCUGCUCGUGAAAUGGAUUCUUUAGCGGCACAAGAGUAUCUGAGUGGGAAACGCCACGUGCGCAAAGUCGCUUUACUUGCAUCCAGAUGGAUGGAGUGCUGCCAAGGAGAAGGAAAAAAACUCUGGAUUCUGUCCGAUCAGAAACUUCGCGUCGAGAACGUCAAUGCGUUACUGGAUAUCCACAUGGCGAACUUUGAACGGUACAUGAUCGAGAAAAUGAAGUUGGCGCGCUCGCAUUCGUUUUACCAUGCAAAAGGCCUGGGACUCUUUGCGGUGCCAUGUCUAUCUAUUGCAAAGCUUUACACUGCCAACGUAGGACAUCUGAAAGGGGCAGCGCAAGUGAGUCCUAGCAGAAGCAAAUAA